AAUGCUUCGCUUCCAUAGUGAAACGAUGGAGCAGAAGGAAUACAAUGGAAACCAUUCUUCUCGAAAUCCAGCAGAAGAGGAGGGAGAUCAUACUUUGAGUCCACCUUCGUUUUCUUCUCUACCGAAGGUGAAGGCGUUUCCUAUGCCUAGUUUUGCAGCUGCUGCUGCUUUUCCGGCCAAAAACACAGCUGCUAAUAAUAGGGUGCCUACCUUCAGCAUGCCUCCUUUUCAGUUGAUACGAGAAUCUCCAGAGCUUGACGAAAAGGCCUAUCUUUUGAGAGUGCCUCAUCAAAUACGGCAGGUAAACGAAAGUGCCUAUGAACCCCAACUAAUUUCAAUUGGUCCUUAUCACCUAUGUGCUAAGCCGCACUUGAUUGAGAUGGAAGUGUACAAAAAACGGUGUUUACAAAGGAUUCUUGAGAGAAAAGGCCAGCAAAGCAAGGAAAGAUGUCUGAACGCCAUGAACUUAGAACGAGCUCGCAAAUGGUAUUCGCCAUCCUUAUCGAAGAUACUCGAGAAUCCUAUUGCCUAUAAGGAAUUUGAAGAAAUGAUGCUACAUGAUGGUUGCUUCAUUGUUGAGCUAUUGAGUGGGAAGGUACCGGGUGAUGACCCUAUUUUCAAACUGAAGUGGGUCGUAAAUGCCUUAUUUCAUGAUUUCUUGUUACUCGAAAAUCAACUUCCUUUCUUUGUGCUAGUGGGCUUGUAUCAAGUGAUCAAGGAUCCAUCAGAUGAAAAAGAUUUUGCUUGCCAGGCUUUUUCUGUCCUUUCUAAUUUCUUUCCAGGGCCGAAGAAGUGGAAUAAAAACCCUCCUACCAUUAAAGAUACCGACAAUAUCAAGCACCUGCUAAGCUUACUACAUGAUAAUUGGUCUCCUUCUCUUCAAGGAAUAAGGCGCCAUCAAGAGUACUAUAGAACAAAAACUGAACCAGCAAAGGCAGGAGAAGAAGCAAGAGAAGAAGGCGGCCUAGCAAAAUGGAAAUUCACACUCUGUGCCAUAGAAAAGCCAGAAGAAAAGAAAUUCCAAGGCGACGAAGAGCGCGGUGUGACUAAGGGCGCCAACCACAACUCCUUCAAAUGGAAAUUCAUAUGCUGUGCAAGAGAAAAGAAAAAUGUAGGAAAAGGCCUAGUGGAAUGGCAAUCCUUACGCUGUGCAACAGAGCUGGAAGAAGCAGGAAUCCAAUUCAUGAACACUGAAGAGAGCGAUGUGAAGAGUUUGUUUGAUAUAAGCUUUACAGACGCGACAAUGAAGAUUCCAACCUUAGUGGUUGACGACUAUACCGAGCGUCUCUUUCGUAACCUCAUUGCCUAUGAACUAUAUGAGGAAGGUUCAACUUAUGUCAUUGAUUAUGUGACAUUGAUGGAUAACCUUAUCGACACAGCCAACGAUGUGCAAGUGCUUCGUUUCAGUGGAAUCAUCGAAAAUAUGUUGGGUGAUGAUGAAGCUGUUGCUCAAAUGCUUAACAGACUUCGUGACCAUGUUACACUAUGUGGCGAUACCUUUUACUACGAGGAGAUAUUUGUUGACGUGAAGAAGCAUUGCGCAAGACGUUGGAACACAUGGAAGGCGAAAUUAAGGCAUGAUUAUUUUAACAGUCCCUGGGCACUCGUCUCCUUUAUUGCUGCUCUUCUCGUUAUCCUUCUUACCAUGGGACAGUUUAUUACUGCAAUCAUUCCUCUUGUAAAAUAACGGCUUGGAGGCAGGCUUGGUGGCUGUAAAAUAUGGCAAACUAAAGCUCAUGCGCUUCUUGCCUUUUAGUUGUUCUUGUUUUUUUCUCUCUUUAUGUUUUACUCAUUGUUGUUAAAGCUACAUCAACUCUGUACUUUCAUCGUAUAUUCAAUAAAGUCUUUU